GGAAGGCUGGGGGCCCCUGGGUGGUGGGGAAAGAGAGGCUUGGGAGGAGGCUGCUUCAUUUGGGCAAGAGCCUGACGGAGCAGGAAGAGCUGCGACCCAUAAGACAAGAGACUUGGUUCCAGACUGUGCCAUCUCAAAUGCACCAGAUGGCCUCAGGUCCACCCUGGGCCUCACUCAGCUUCCGUGUAUAUAAAAUGAAGUCAGAGCACAUAGUCUCUAUAGCCCCUUCAAAUGCUAACAGUUAAAGCUUCUAGAAAGCUUAGACAGGCCCCCUGGGAGAUAAUAUGAUGAGGGCCAGGAUGGAGGCUGAGUUCCUUAGAUUAAGGUUAUAAACUGCUGGCCUCCUAAAUGGGAUACACAGAUGGCCUUUGAAAGACUCCCCUCUUCCUGUUGACUUCCCUGGGGCCUGCUGUGUUGCCUGGAAUCAGGUCACUCCUUUGGGCAAGGGGUGGAAGGUUCACUAGAAUGAGGGCAAGUUCCUGCUCUUCACAAUCCCCUGUGCCUCAGAGAAGCUGCUGCCCCUGGCAGGUGCUGGAGAGGAAAGGCCUCUGAGGAGUUCAGUUUGGAUAGGGGUACAGAGAGGAGACUGCAGGUCAUAAACAGGCACAGGGAAAGUCUCCAGAGCCACUCAAAAUGAGGAACUCUCUAGCUAACCAUUGUUUAACAGUUGACCAAUAGUAGGAAUAGGCAGAAUUCAGCAGAGCAUGGCAGAGGGUGUCCAAGAGAAGUGAGCAUCAGGAGAUCUGGAGAGCGAACUUACAGGCCCCUCCUCACAUAGGACCUAAGGUCACAGGCCUAACAGCAGCCUUUAUUCUAGAAUUCUGGCUGAUAUUCUUCCAUGAGGCUCAGAGAGGGAAAAUGGGGAGAAGGGCCAUGAACAACCUUGUUUCUUUUCCAACUUCAUGGGAGAGACAGACAGACAGAGACAGAGGAUGGGGCUGAGGAAGCCUGGCUUGUUCUGGGGCCCAAAAUGACACCUCCAGAAUCCAGGCUUCUCUAGAUCCGUUAGGUUCCCAGGACCCUCCAAAAGUCUGCUGCAGCUACUCUCAGUCCCCUUCUCUGUAUGCAGAGCCUCCUCCCCACCAGCAGCUGCUAUGGUCUUGGGGACCAAGCCAUUGAUCUGGAUCCCCACUGGGCCUUAAAUAAUGAAAUCCUAGCAAGGGGCUCCCCAUGGCUAUAUGACCUUGGGCAAGUCAUUUCCCAUCUGGGCCCUUCUGUGCAAUGUGGGAGGUGGACCAGGUUUGUGAAGGCCAUUCCAGCUCUGACAUUUAGUGACUUAAGAAUACAGCAUUCCCUCCCCAUUCCAUAGGCCCUGAUAGUCCACAGUUGGGGGGAUGGGUCAGCCAGCCAUCCUUCAUGCCUCUGCCCACAGCUUCCUGGAGCCCAAAGGCCCCUGUCUCUGCAGCUCCAUGGCCACCUGUGUGCUCCUCCCAGGCCUCCUCCUCCUGCUGCUGCCUCCACCAGCCCCAGCCCCCUGCCACACAGCUGCCCGAUCCGAGUGCAGGCGUGACCGCAAGUUUGUGCCUGGCUCGUGGCUGGCGGGGGAGGGUGUGGAUGUGACCAGCCUCAGGCGCUCAGGCUCCUUCCCAGUGGACACACAGCGCUUCCUGCGACCUGAUGGCACCUGCACCCUCUGCCGCAAUGACCUGCAGCAGGGUGACCUCCAGCGCCUGCCCCUGGCGCUCACCGACUGGAGGGCCCAGGGUUCAGGCUGCCGGCGCCACGUGACCAGGGCCAAGGUCAGCUCCACUGAGGCUGUGGCCAGGGAGGCAGCGGGCAGCAUCCGCAAUGAUUGGAAGGUGGAGCUGGACGUGACUCCCAAGCCCAGCAUCAAUGCACGAGUGGCUGUGGCCGGCUCGCACUCCAAGGCAGCCAACUUCGCUGCCCAGAAGACCCACCAAGAUCAGUACAGCUUCAGCAGUGACUCUGUGGAGUGUCACUUCUACAGCUUUCACCUGGUGCACACCCCUCCACUCCACCCCGAUUUUAUGAGGGCCCUCAGGAGCCUGCCCGCCCACUUCAACACGUCCAGUGAGCCUGACUACCUCAGGCUCAUCUCCAACUAUGGCACCCACUUCAUUCGGUCCAUGGAGCUGGGCGGCCAGAUAUCAGCCCUCACAGCCCUGCGCACCUGCGAGCUGGCCCUGCAAGGGCUCACGGCCAAUGAGGUGGGCGACUGCCUGGCCGUCGAGGCCCAGGUCAGCAUAGGUGGCCACGCCAGUGCCUCAUCGGAGUUCAAGGCCUGUGAGGAGAAGAAGAAGCAGCACCAGAUGCUGACCUCCUUUCACCAGGCCUACCGGGAACGCUAUUCCGAGGUGGUUGGUGGCCACCACACCUUCAUGCAUGACCUGCUGUUCGGGAACCAGGCUGGGCCUGAGCAGUUCUCAGCCUGGGUGGGCUCGCUGCAGGAAAACCCCGGCCUGGUGGACUACUCCCUGGAGCCUCUACAUGUGCUCCUGGAGAAAAGGGACCCGCGGCGGGAGGCUCUGAGGCAGGCAGUAAGCAAGUAUGUGACAGACAGGGCACGCUGGAAGGACUGCAGCCGACCCUGCCCCUUGGGGCAGUAUAAGAGCCCCCACAACCCGUGUCAAUGUGUGUGCCAUGGCUCAGCGGUCACCAACCAGGACUGCUGUCCCCGGCAGAGGGGCCUGGCCCGGCUAGAGGUUAUGAACUUCCUGGCAACAGGUCUAUGGGGAGACAGCAUCAGUGCCACAGACGCCUAUCUGAAGGUCUUCUUUGGAGGUCGGGAGCUGAGGACGGACACAGUGUGGAACAAUAACAACCCCAGGUGGAUGACACGACUGGACUUUGGGGAUGUUCUCCUGACCACGGAGGGGCCCCUGAGGGUGCAGGUUUGGGACAAGGACUAUGGCUGGGAUGAUGACCUCCUAGGUACCUGUGACCAGACCCCACAUUCUGGCUUACAUGAGGUGGGAUGCAGCCUGAAACACGGUCAUCUGAGAUUCUCCUACCACGCCAAGUGCUUGCUGCACCUGGCAGGGAGAAGCUGCCUGGAGUACGCCCCCCAAGGACUUCUGGGGGACCCUCCGGGAAACCGGAGUGGGGCAGUCUGGUGAGAACGGUGGCCUUGAGAGCACCAGUAUGCCCAGACUGAAGCAAUUCUCAUAGUGGGAGCCAGGCCCUAUCUUCAUAGCCCCAUUAGACAGAUGGAAACUGAGGCUUUUUUUCCCAGUGAGGUGACUGAAUUUAUAGGCCAGCCUGGGUCUCCCUGUCCAAACUGCCUUAGCUCUGUAUUCUCAAACCCUGGAAAUGAGCUGAGGCUGGGCCAUGUCCUAUAGCCACUGAUAGACAGGCCGCAGCUUAAGGCAGAAGCUGGGCAGAAGGCCAGGAGGCUGCUCUGACCAGGCUGCUUGGUAUCACUGGAGACCCUCCCCUGCAGCCCUUCCCAGCGUGCUCAAUUCUUCAUCACAGCAGCCCUAACCCCUUCUGGCCCCACUGCUGUUUUCUCUGUCUUUUUUUCCACCAAGCUUUGCUCCUCAUAUGAAUCAAGGACUGCCUUGACCUGUCUUGUUGUAUAAAAAGCCUGGCAGAGGACCAAUAAAUGUGCUGUAAGGAUGGUGGCUGUGGUGGUGGCAAUGGGGGGAACCAAACACAGCCCUGCAGAUAAACUUCUACAGUUCGCAACCGUGGGAUGUGGGACGGGUGGUUCACCCCAGGGGCAGGUAGGAAAUGUAAAUAAACUGGCCACUUUUGUUGGAAA